GUCCGCGGCACACAAAUACCAAAAUAGGAUCUGAGCUGCCUGCGACUGUCCUGCCUGAGCUAAAUUGAGCUUCAUGUGUUUGUCAGAGACGAUCUGUUCACACACAGGGAGAGAGAGGACACAGAGGAGUGUGUGUGUGUGUGUGUGGAGCUGCAGCCUUUAUUCAUGGAUAUAAGAUGAGAGACACCAUGUCACACAAAGAAGGCGACAUCUACACAUACGACUUCACUGAUGGAGAUCAUCCGUCGCAGCUCCUGGACGCACUCAGGCACUUCUACGUCAGCGGCCUCUUCACGGACGUCUCCCUCCAGUGCGGUGACUCCGGGGCGCAGGUGUUCCACUGCCACAAGGCGCUGCUGUCGGCCCGCAGCUCCUAUUUUAAAGUCAUGUUCACGGCUGACAUGAGGGAGAGGACCGACAGCAGCAUCACCCUGACCGGGCUGCGCGCCGAGGUCCUGGGCGCCCUGGUGAACUACGUGUACACGGCUCAGGUGCGCAUCACCGAGAGCAACGUGCAGAGCCUGCUGGAGGCCGCGGACCUCCUGCAGUUCAUCCCUGUCAAACAAGCGUGCGAGGAGUUCCUCAUCCGCCUCCUGGACGUGGACAACUGCCUGGGGAUGCACGCCUUCGCACAGCUGCACCUGUGUCCCGCACUGGAGAGGGAGGCCAGGAGAGUGAUGCUGAGCAGGUUCCCAGAGCUCGUGCUGCAGGAGGAGUUCCUGGAGCUGGACCAUGAGAGGAUGAGGGCGGUGGUGGCCGCACAGAGCCUCACUGUGCAGAGGGAUGAGGUCCUGAUAGAUGCUGUGGUCAAGUGGGUGACCCAUGAUUUGGAUAACCGCGUUCACCAUACUGUAGACCUGCUGCACUCCAUCCAACUGGACCUGGAUGAGAUUUAUUUCAAAGCGUCUCUAGAGGUGCACAGGCAGGGCUUGCUGAGCAGUGAUGGGAAAUUUAAAUCUAUGAUAACUAAGGCGUUAAGGUCCAAUAAUGGCAAGGAGUUGUGUGCAAGUAGAAAAAUGUCUUCCAGCAUGUAUAUCAUCGGUGGAUACUACUGGCACCCACUGUGUGAGGUCCACUUCUGGGAUCCUGUCAGUGACACAUGGGUGCAAGGGAAAGCAAUGCCUGACCACGAAAGAGAGAGUUACAGCAUCAGCUCACUGGGAGCAAAUAUAUAUGUGACGGGAGGUUACAGGACAAACACGGUUGAGGCCCUGGACGCUGUUUCGAUUUAUAACUGCGACUAUGACGAAUGGACCGAGGGUUGCUCCAUGAUCACAGCGAGGUACUACCACUGUUCCGUGGCGUUGCAUGGCUGUAUUUACGCCAUCGGAGGCUACAGAGGAGGAGCUCCGGAGCGAGAGACUGAAUUUUAUGACCCUUUGAAAAAGAAAUGGCUUCCAGUGGCCAAAAUGAUCCAAGGUGUUGGAAAUGCCACUGCCUGUGUAAUGGAGGACAAAAUCUAUGUUACCGGAGGCCACUAUGGCUACAGAGGAAGCUGCACCUAUGAAAAAAUCCAGGUCUACAAGCCAGAGGUCAAUGAGUGGAGCAUCAUUACAAUAAGUCCCCAUCCAGAAUACGGGCUGUGCUCUGUGCCUCUCAACAACAAGCUGUAUUUGGUGGGCGGACAGACGACGAUCGCCGACUGCUACGACCCGGAGAAAGACGAGUGGAGGCCAAUAUCAGUGAUGAAGGAGAGGAGGAUGGAGUGUGGGGCCGUAGUAAUAAAUGGAUGUAUUUAUGUAACAGGGGGAUAUUCCUACUCAAAGGGGACUUAUCUGCAGAGCAUCGAGAAGUACGACCCUGAGCUGGACACAUGGGAGAUAGUGGGGACUCUUCCUAGCCCAGCCAGAUCACAUGGAUGUGUGUGUGUUCACAGCGUGUAAUGUCAAACCCUCAUCACAUUUUAUGUUUAUUUAUUGUCAUUUUGUGCCAAAUCGAUGAAAGUCUGAACAGUAUGCUGUCAAAAUGCAAAUGCCAUGUAAACCGUCACACAAGAUGCCAAGCUAGCCCAUGUUUUGCACUGUAGAGAACUACACAACUGCCAAACUGUUCAGCAUCGACUAUGUAUAAAAAUGAAUGACAUGGCUCCACCUCCUCCUACUAUCUAGGAAUGAAGCCAAAAACAUCCCGUAUACAAACGCUGUCUACUUGCGCAUUUGGAGCCAGAGUCUCUGCAGUAGUGAUCAGGGGAUGAAGCCAUUGUAGUGUCAUUUUGUACGUUUUGUUUGGUCCAUGUCCCAUUUACUAACAUGGAGGAGGGAUUUAUGACCAAUACUGCAGCCACCCAGCAGGUGGCUUUUGAAUUGCAUUGGCUUAAUUUUUGUGGAGCAGUCAAGUCAUUCAUCUUUAUAUACAGUCUAUGGUCCAUAUAGUGAAGAACAAGUAUAUUACUUAACCUCAGGGACAACUAGUAUUUUACUUUACAUUUUUGAGUAUUUCUGUUUUAUUAGAUUAAAAGGAAAGACUGAAAAGAGAAAUGCAGAAUCCAGCUCAGACCAAUGAUGCCAAUGAUGAUCUUUUUUUUUAUAAAGCUGCAGCACCAGGCUGCUACUGAUUAAAUAAAUAUCUACAACUGUG